CCCGCGCCGCGCGGCUGGGGAGGAAGAGCCAGACGUCUGGGGCCCACGCCGUCCGAGGGGAAAGGGCGAGGCGCUGGGUUUUCCAGCUGCGCCCUUUGGACCCCGCGAUCCAGUAGCUCCGGUAACUCCACGCGUGGCGCCUGGGUGGAGGAGGCGGUCCUGGAGCAUCGCUGCGAGGAGCACCCCGACCGGAGGGCCCCCAGACCGGGACCCCCAAGUCAGGGAGGACUCUACGCCCGGGAGCGCCCCAGCCUGAGAGCGCCCCAGACCGCGACACGCCGGGACCCGGAGCUUUGCCCGACCGCGGGCAUCGCCCACCUGCAGCCUCCACUGGCCGGGUUUAGCAACCAGGAGCUGCCAAACCCCUGACAUUCUUCUUUCUGUUCCUACUUCUUUCCUUCUUCUUCUUUUUUGGUUUUUGUUUUUGUAACCCUCUCUGGGUGCCUUAUCUUUUUAAUCACACCUCUCUUUCACUUUCCACGGUAGUCAGGAGGCGGGGAUCGCUGCUUCUCACCUACUUUCCGAACUUGGCCUCAGCAGUCACGACCUGGUGGGAAGGAGGAGCUGCCGCCCCCGCCCCAGCCUCGGGGACGCCCCUCUGAAGAGAAGCCGUUUGAAGCAGAAUCCAAACCAUGAAUUGUAGAGAAUUACCCUUGACUCUUUGGGUGCUUAUAUUUGUAAGCACUGCAGAAUCUUGUACUUCACGUCCCCACAUUACUGUGGUUGAAGGGGAACCUUUCUAUCUGAAAUAUUGUUCGUGUUCACCUGCACAUGAGAUUGAAACAAUCACCAAAAGCUGGUACAAAAGCAGUGGAUCACAGGAACGUGUGGAGCUGAAUCCAAGGAGUUCAUCGAGAAUUGCUUUGCAUGGUUGUGUUUUGGAGUUUUGGCCAGUUGAGUUGAAUGACACAGGAUCUUACUCUUUCCAAAUGGAAAAUUAUACUCAGAAAUGGAAAUUAAAUGUCAUCAGAAGAAAUAAACACAGCUGUUUCACUGAAAGACAAGUAACUAGUAAAACUGUGGAAGUUAAAAAAUUUUUGCAGAUAACCUGUGAAAACAGUCACUAUCAAACACUGGUCAACAGCACAUCAUUGUAUAAGAACUGUAAAAAGCUACUGGAGAACAAUAAAAACCCAACGAUAAAGAAGAACGCCGAGUUGGAAGACCAGGGGUAUUACUCCUGCGUGCAUUUCCUUCAUUAUAAUGGAAAACUAUUUAACAUCACCAAAACCUUCAAUAUAACAGUUGUGGAAGAUCACAGUAAUAUAGUGCCAGUUCUUCUUGGACCAAAGCUUAACCAUGUUGCAGUGGAAUUAGGAAAAGAUGUAAGGCUCAACUGCUCUGCUUUGCUGAAUGAAGAGGAUGUAGUUUAUUGGAUGUUCGGGGAAGAAAAUGGAUCGGAUCCUAAUAUACAUGAAGAGAAAGAAAUAAGAAUUAUGACUUCAGAGGGCAAAUGGCAUGCUUCAAAAGUAUUGAGAAUUGAAAAUAUUGGUGAAAACAAUCUAAACGUUUUAUAUAAUUGCACUGUGGCCAGCACGGGAGGCACAGACACCAAAAGCUUCAUCUUGGUGAGAAAAGCAGACAUGGCUGAUAUCCCAGGCCACGUCUUCACAAGAGGAAUGAUUAUAGCUGUUUUGAUCUUGGUGGCAGUAGUGUGCCUAGUGACUGUGUGCGUCAUUUAUAGAGUCGACUUGGUUCUAUUUUAUAGACAUUUAAUGAGAAGAGAUGAAACAUUAACAGAUGGAAAAACAUAUGAUGCUUUUGUGUCUUACUUAAAAGAAUGCCGACCUGAAAAUGGAGAGGAGCACACCUUUGCUGUGGAGAUUUUGCCCAGGGUGUUGGAGAAACAUUUUGGGUAUAAGUUAUGCAUAUUUGAAAGGGAUGUAGUGCCUGGAGGAGCUGUUGUUGAUGAAGUCCACUCACUGAUAGAGAAAAGCCGAAGACUAAUCAUUGUCCUAAGUAAAAGUUAUAUGUCUAAUGAGGUCAGGUAUGAACUUGAAAGUGGACUUCAUGAAGCAUUGGUGGAAAGAAAAAUUAAAAUAAUCUUAAUUGAAUUUACACCUGUUACUGACUUCACAUUCUUGCCCCAAUCACUAAAGCUUUUGAAAUCUCACAGAGUUCUGAAAUGGAAGGCCGAUAAGUCUCUUUCUUAUAACUCAAGGUUCUGGAAGAAUCUUCUUUACUUAAUGCCUGCAAAAACAGCCAAGCCAGGUAGAGACGAAUCGGAAGUCUUGCCUGUUCUUUCAGAGUCUUAAUCUUCAGAAACACUGAAUGGCAAAUAGAACUCAAGAUACUCUGGGGACUGAGCGUAUGAACCUGUUCAUAACAAAGGCUGUGACUCAAAAUAUUUAACUCUGUAAAAAUCCUGUUCACAAUUUGAAGAUGAACUAGUCAUUAGGUUGGUGGGAAUAAGACUAAAGAUUGCGCUGUGGGCUGUGGUCACGUGCUCUCAGAAGACCUGGAAUUCAAAAGAAAUGGAGUUCUUCUUUUUCUCCCUCUUUCAUAACUGGAUGCAGCUGCUCUUACUCAAUCCCAUAUUCAGCAAGUGUGAAGCCGGGCGUGAUGCAAAAUAACCUGUGCCCUACAAAAAGGGCGCAUCUUGAAGAGUUUUAAUGCCAGUACUUAAUUUGAAUGAGGGGAUUUUAAGUUCAUGAAGAGGCAUUUUCUAGGCACCAGUGGGUGAGGAGUAACUGAAAUGCUGCUUUCACUCCCUAACAUCAUGGAUUGGAUUGUGUAUGGGAUGUGGGAGGAGGGGCUGGCAGGGCUGCCUUCAGAGCCUGCAGGGCCUCAGCCUCAGGAUGUAUUUAAUUUAUCACGGCCACAGUUGCAGCCAACGGUUCUCGAAAGCUCAUGUGGAUCUAUUUAUGGGAACUUCUUAAAAGGACCCCAGAAUAGAUUUUUAUCUUUCACAAGACACACAAAUUCUAAUUUAGUUAAUUAUCUGGGCCUUUCACUUUUGAUGGUCUGAAACAUUGGUUGAUUUUUGUGUGUGUGUGUGUGGAGACAAGCCUUUAUUAACCUUUAUUUUGAAAAACAUUUUAACUGGACAUAGAAUUUCAGGUUGGCACAUAUUUUUCAUUCAGUACUUUAAAAAUGUUCUUCCAAUGUCUCCUGGCUUACAUUGAUUCUGACAAAGCAUCUUUAAUAAUUCUUAUCUUCAUGGAAUACUAUGCAGCCAUAAAAAGGAUGAGUUUGUGUCCUUUGUAGGGACAUGGAUGCAGCUGGAAACCAUCAUUCUUAGCAAACUAUCACAAGAACAGAAAACAUUGGUUGAUUUUGUGUGAAUGUUUGUAUCAAAAUGUUUGCCAGGUUGCAUUAGCCAUUGAAUAGCAAAAAAACUGAUAGUUACUUGCUUGGUUUUUAAAAAUUACAUAUUAAAAAUGCCCUUAGCAUGAAGGCAGCAUGGUGUGGCAGUUAAGAGAUGGGUUGUGCAGCCCAUCCUGAGCUCCAGUUCUGAGUUUGCUACUUACUUCUGUGGCCUCUGGAACCUCAUCCAACCUCUCAGUGCCUCAGUUUCUUCAUCUGUGAAAUUAGAAUUUAUAAUAAUUGUACCUACCUCCCAGGGGUAACUAAGUGAAUAAAUAUAAGUAAAGAACUUGCAGUGGUUCCUGGCCCAAACUCAGCACUCUCUCAGUGUUACCAUGACUAUUUUUAUUAUCAUUAGUAAUGAUUACUUAGAUCAAUUAUUUAGCGGUGGACUAAUGGAAGCUACAGAGCAGGGAAGGGAAGCAGACCUAGGGAGGAAGGCAGUUUUGAUUUGAGGAGGUUUGCACACAUAGAGAAGCAUAUUGGAGAAGCUUAUCCAGAGCAAAAGAUAUCUCUCCAUUGAACAUCUGCCUCUUUUGAUGUUGGAAGACGCAUGUCUUACUCCCUAAAUGGACCCCAGCACUGGGAGCCUUCUUGAUGAUCUCAAAAGUAAUAGCUAUUCAAGAAAAUCACCAAGUUACUGAAACCGGGAGUUUGGAAGGCUGAUGAGAACACAUGGGAGCAACAUGAAUGUUCUACAAAACUUUAAAGCAGAGACUGUUUCAAACAGAUGUAGCAGAUACUACUGAAAACCAAAGGAGAGUGAGAUUGUGUAAGAAUGUGAUUUCAUGUUUGUAGUGCUUACAAUUUUGUGCACCAACUGGAUGGCUAGAAAGGGUAAAAUAAUUUAAUUAAUAGCUCAUAUUUUAUGUGUGAAAACAUAUUAGUGAACAUAUAUAAUCAAAAUAGAUUUCAUUGCUAUUGCAUAGUCUCUGAUACAUAGAAUGAUUUUGCUUUUCUCUUUUAUUAUACUCGCUUUAAAAUACUUGAAAUAGGUUUUGUAUUAAAUGCAUUUCAAGUUAAAUGUGUUAAAUGUAUACAUUAGAUGUGUGCUUUAAAAUGCAUAAAAUAUGUUGAAAUACAUUAAUGAA